AUGGUCGCUUCCAAGACUUCAGGUUGGGUAUUGCCAAAGGGUGGGUUUGACUCGACCGAGGAUGGGGACAUGGUAUCCUGUAUCAGGCGCGAAGCCAUGGAAGAAGCGGGGCUUGAACUCCAUUCAAUUCAUCGCCUCAAGCUCGACGAAGGCACACUCCACUGGUUCACGGCCAAGGUGACCAGAAGCGGACCCCGUACCGACAAGACUCUAGAUGAAGAGAAACGUGCACUUCCCGAAAAGGUCAAAGUUAAAAAGGCACUGGUCCGGCUAUCCGACUACCCGAAAAAGAAAGCAACCAUGCACAGAGCCUUGAAUGCCGCGAUUGUGUACUGGGAGUCGGUCCGGAUAAAGGAAUCACAGCUGAAUGGGGGGUCUUUGACGAAUGGGGGGUCUUUGACGAAUGGGGGGUCUUUGACGAAUGGGGGGUCUUUGACGAAUGGAGGGCCUUUGACGAAUUGGGAUUGCGAAUAUGCUACAUGA